AUGACGAAGAAGAAGCGCCAUCAUCCCGAUGUCGAAGAACUCCUCGCUCGACCAUGGUGUUACUACUGUGAACGCGACUUCGAUGACCUCAAAAUCCUGAUUAACCAUCAGAAAGCAAAACACUUCAAAUGUGAAAGAUGUGGGCGGCGGUUAAACACUGCGGGAGGGUUGAGCGUGCACAUGAGCCAGGUGCAUAAAGAAAACCUUACUGCGGUCGACAAUGCUCUGCCAAAUCGAGCUGGUCUAGAUAUCGAGAUCUUCGGUAUGGAAGGCAUCCCGGAAGAUAUUGUCCAACAACAUAACCAGCGCGUUCUCACGGCCUACCACCAAACGCAGGCUGAACGACAAGCGGCCGGUGCUAAACCUGCCUCAGGGGGUCAAGGUCCAAAUGCGCCCAAGAAACCCAAGCUCGAGUCAGUGUCGGACAUCAAGAAACGUCUGGCAGAGCACAAAGCGGCGAAGAUGGCGGCCGAGGAGCAAGGUGGAAGUAGUCGUGGUGAUACUCCCAACCCUCCGGCUUCCGGGCAGAGUCAAACUCCAACAGCAUCGGCGGCUUCUCCGGUUUACUCUGGUUACCAGCAAACAUAUGGCGCACCGCCUACGAAUGGCUCGUACGGUCAGCCUGCUUUCACACAAGCUCCUGCUCCAGUUACAGCCCCCUAUCAGGCACCAACCGCUUAUCCCCCUGCUGGGUCUCCUCCCCUUGGAGCUUACGCGCAGACUCCGACACCCCAGCCUGGACAGCCAGCGUAUGGCCAAGUCCCGCCGGUGGCUUACCCACCUCAACCAUAUGCGCCGUAUCAACAGCAGCCACCGCCUAUGGGAUAUCCAGCUCAACCGAGUUUUUCGCCUCCCCCCUAUCAGCCGGCAUAUCCAGGUCAGUCUUACCCUGGCCCAGCUGGCAUACCUCCAAGGCCUUUUGGUGCAGUGUCUCCAGUGCCUGGGUUUCCUCAACAAUCCCCACCAAUGCAUCUGGCCCACCGUGCACUUUCUCCCACUACCAAUGGCAGUUUUCCUCCUCCGGUACGUACUGGCAGUGUAAGUCUACCUAGUGCUCCCGGAUUGCCGCAGAGACCCGCAUUUGGUGCUCCUCCCGUCAAUGCUUCUCAGUUUCAGCGAAUGCAUCAAGGUCAGCUCCCCGCUACUCAAGCCCAUAAUUCUGUUCCUCAGGGUCGUCCACACGAAGCUAUGCCCUCUACGAGUGCACAACAUCCAUCUCCAGCCAAUGUGGCACCUCCUGCUUCCGCAGAUGAUGCUCAAAAUGCGUCAUCUCUCGAUGAUCUGAUCGCGAGCGCGUCGAAGGAGGCAGACGCUAAGGCCGCCGCCCCGGCCGCCCCCGCUGCUGCUCCCGAUACUGCUGCUGCUAGCACAGUCCCUUCACAGCCAGAUACUCAGCCGUCAGCCUCUGGUGCUGCAAAGGAGCCCGCCGCCGAGGAAAAGGCGGAGAAGAAGGACAAGGAGAAACCCAAAACAACCAGGUUGGUGUACUCUGACAACGAGACAAGCCCUGAAGAGAAGAUGGCCAUGAUGCCCAAAUACGCAUUUACUCCUGCGCAGAAGACUAUUAUGGUGUAA